UAUAUGUGUGAUACUUCAGUAGAAAUCAUUUUUAUCAAGCAUUAAAAUUAUACACUAGCAUUAAUUUAAUUUAAAAUGUCUGUUUCAUACGAUUUCAACGGUAAAAUAGCCCUGGUUACUGGUGCCAACACUGGUCUGGCUGUGUCUACGGCCAUACAGUUCGCCAAAUCGGGCGCCAGUGUUGUGGUGAGCGGACAGUACACCGACAGUCAACUAACUACUGUAGCUAAUGAAUGCCGCAAUACUGGCGCUCAUGUAUUGGAAAUAGCGGCCGACCCCACCCGGGAGGAAGACCUGCAAAAACUGGUCGACAAAACUCUCAGCACUUUCGGUCGGAUCGACAUUUUGGUCAACUGUCCCGUCAAUCACGAGAACGUCUCAAUUACUGACCCGUCAUAUAUGGCUAAGUAUAAGGAGACUAUGCUAACAAACCUCGAGGCCAUGGUAUUCAUGACCAGCAUUUGUGUGGAGCACCUGGAGAAGACCCGGGGCACCAUCAUCAACAUGUCCAGCAUUAGGAGCACUCGAGCUAGAGCGAAAGAGUCGGCUUAUUGUAUGGCAAAGUCGGCGAUUGAUAUGUUCACCAAAUGU